AUGGCAUUAUUGGCCAUAUCAAGCAUCACUACAAGUCAUGCUGCUCGUAGCCUACUGCAACUUCCUAACUUGCCUAUAAUCCCUUCAUUGCCUCAGCCGACAGUGCAAAAAUUGCCCACUAUACCAAACUUGCCAACAGCAGUCACAUUGCCAAGUGUUGCAUCGUUGCCAACACUUCCAACAGCUAAUACACCUUUACCUUCUUUGCCAACAUUGCCCUCUGUGCCUAAGAUGACUCUGCCACCAAUGCCUGCCAGCAUUCCUCUACCCAACACGCCAUCCCUUCCAAACAUUCCCACAAUUCCAAAUAUUAUUCCUACAAAUUCACCUCCUCCAUCCAACUAA